AGGCCUAGUGCAUACCGUGCACGAUAUUAUAUACAUAGACGAGUAAACACAUUUGCUACCGAGAGUAGUACUAACCGAACACCAAACAGGAGAUUCACUCUAUCCAAGAGGUUAGAAUCAGAAAGAAUGGCGUCACUCCAUUUCCUCCUUGGUACGCUGUGCAUGGCAGGAAUAAUACGCACAGGGUCCGGCCUAGACGGUCUUGACAUCGCUGCCUUUAACCUUCAAACAUUCGGAAGAGGAACGAUGUCAAAGCAAGCCGAAGUGGAUGUACUAGUCAAGAUAAUCAAUCGUUAUGACAUAAUUUUGGUGCAAGAAAUUCGAGACACUUCAGGAGAGGCGAUUGAGCAGCUCGUGGAAGAGGUUAAUGAAGUUGCUGAUGACCCGUAUGAUUACAUAAUAAGUUCACGUGUCGGUCACACCAAAGCUAAGGAACAGUAUGCAUUCAUUUACAGGCCAGAUGAGGUUGAAGUAAUAGACAGCUACGAAUAUGACGAUGGAGAUGAGUCGUCAGGUGUUGACUUAUUUGAAAGAGAACCGUUCAUCGUCCGCUUCCACUGCGAUGAGACACUUGUAAAAGAUUUUGUUAUUGUUGGAAUACACACUGAUCCAUCUGCGGCUGUCUCUGAAAUUGAUCGUCUUGUGGACGUUUAUGACGAUAUCGUAAACCGGUGGGGGAUUGACGAGGUUCUGUUUGCUGGUGAUAUGAAUGCCGACUGCAAGUUUGUCCCCGAAGGGAGCUGGUCAAGAAUUCGUCUACGCACAGAUGAUAGGUUUGAGUGGCUAAUUGGCGAUGGAGUCGACACAACAACUAGUAACACAGACUGUGCUUAUGACAGGUAUGUCUACACAUGGUGCUUUUGA